AUGGGCAAUGGAGAAGAGAUGUGGGCCCAGCAGCCACCGUACACACUAAUUUAUAGAGGGAGACAUCUCAGUCUGCAAAGUUACUUGCUACAGACAAGUAUGAGGACCUCAAUUCAAAUCCCUAGCACCUGUGUUAAAAGCUGGGUGUCAAUGGUGUGUGUCCAUAAUCCUAACAAGGCAGCCACACUACACGAGGCCCCGGGUGGGCACCGCCUCGCGGAACACGGGCGCGGCGGCCUGGUUCCCAGGGUCCCGCGCCGCGCUCCGGAAAGGCGCCCGCCGGGCACCGACGGACCGAACCCCUCUGAGGUCAGCAGUACCGAGAUCCCGGUUGUAUCCACCCUUGCCCCGCCACGCCCCAGUGUGACGGGCCGGGCUCGCGACCCUCCCUUAGACAAGGCCGGGCGGGGCAGGGAGCUGCAGCCGAACGAGGCCGAGCGCCGUGCCGUGGUCCCUAAAACCGGACUCCACCCGGCCCAGGCCGCAGACACGCCUGGUUAGCCCUAGCUGCCCGGAGCCCACGCCCGCACGUCCACACGCCCGCGGCCUUACCUUCACGCAGCGUCCGCCCGACACUCGGGCGGCCCGGGCUCCGCCGCGUUCCGCCUCUCGGAGGGUCUCGGGUCGGUGUCGGCGGACCUCGGCCUUUCGGAGGGUCUCGGGCCGGCGUCGGUGGGCCUCGGCUUCUCGGUUGGUCUCGGGUAGUGUCGGCCGGCCUCGGCCGCUCCGCGGGUCUCUGCGGCUCUUCAGCGAGUGGGCGGAGACUCGGCCCGCCUGUCCCUCAGGAAGCCGCCCGGCCCCGCCCCCGCCGCGAAGCUCUUUCUCCCGGGCUGCCCGGCUUUUCUCUCCCUCCGGAAACGCAUUCCUCGGCGCCGCGUCAGCCGCGCCUGAAAAGGAGGGGGAGGCGGCAGGAAGAAGGAAGGUGGGGCAGGGUGCAGACAAAGGAGCUCGGUCGUUCGGCCCUUUCUGCCUAGGGUACAGCGCUGAACCACCGAGUGCGCCGGCCGCCCGGCGGGAAAGCCCAGCCGCAGUCUGUGUCCCGUCCCUGGGAUCCCGAGCCAGACCUCUCUGUGGGCUGAGGGGCAAGAAGAUGGGGUGUUCUGCAGGCAGCCCUCGGGCCCGCCCGGUCACCCUAAGAUUGCAGACUCCCGCUCCACCCCUGCUGUGCCACCCGGCGCUCCUGGGCGCCGCUUUUGCUCAAUUUUCUAUCUGGGAGGCCAAGAACAAAAAGGAAAAAUGUUAUGUUUGCGGACUUGUUUUCUCUUUUCUGGGAAAAGAAUUGAAAAGUAGCCAGUCUCAAAAUCUAAAUGAGAAGCUUGAAACUUGGACUUGCCUUGUCAUACUGAAAGCUGUGUGACAGCAGGUGCCAUCAGCUUACCCGAUGACUGUGGGCUGCCAGGAGGAGCAGGGCGCCCAGCCGUAAAGACAGCUUUCCUUGCCGGGUUUAUGAACCCGAGUAGUGUUUCUGUUUUGGAAGAGUAAA